AGAUGCGGAGUGGAAGAGAUGAAGGUGCUCACACCAGCAGCACUCAUCCUGCUCUUCUUUUUCUACACUGUGGAUGCACGGACACGUGAAUACACUUCUGUCAUCACUGUGCCCAAUGGAGGCCACUGGGGAAAGUGGGGCAUUCGGCAGUUUUGCCACAGUGGCUACGCCAAUGGAUUUGCACUGAAGGUUGAGCCUUCCCAGUUUGGCAGAGAUGACACAGCUCUGAAUGGCAUACGGCUGCGCUGCCUCGAUGGCUCAGUCAUUGAGUCCUUGGUGGGGAAGUGGGGCACCUGGACCAGCUUCCUAGUUUGCCCUACAGGGUACUUGGUCUCCUUUUCACUGAGAUCAGAGAAGUCUCAAGGAGGAGGUGAUGACACAGCCGCCAACAACAUCCAAUUCAGAUGCUCAGAUGAAGCUGUUCUAGUAGGUGAUGGACUAUCAUGGGGAAGAUUUGGCCCAUGGAGUAAAAGAUGCAAAAUAUGUGGUCUCCAGACAAAGGUAGAGUCACCACAGGGACUUCGUGAUGAUACAGCGCUCAACAAUGUGAGGUUCUUCUGCUGUAAAUGAGCAUUUGCCCCAUCUUCAUCACUGCCCCACACAUCCCACAUCACACAUCAAAUGAGACAUCAUCAAAGCUUUGCUCUAACUUUAUAGAGGGAAAUGUCUGUGACUUGCUGACUAAAUCCAGCUUUUUGAUCUGGAGGGAAGAGGUGAGAGACAGAACCAUGAAAGAAACAGCAAAAUGGAAAGACAAAGGAAGAACAAUUCCAAACAGAAAUGAAGUGGAGGGGAGAGACUCAUUUUAGUGACUUAACUUCUUGUGGAUUAACUCCUUGAACCUUUGGCUUCUUGUGGCUUAGCUUCUCCUUGUGUCUUGUCAUGCCAUCUUGGUAGGUACUUAGAUCAUGCCUUAAAUGAUGAUAAUUCUCAUAGCCUCUGUUGCUUUACCAUAACUUCUCAGUUACCCAAGUGUAUUACAUUUAAUACAUUACAUUAUGUAACAGCUAGUGUACCACUGUAAAAAGACCCAAUCUCUGACAAUUGCCUACAACAGUGGAAUAGACUUCUCACCUUCCUUUGCUCUGACUGGUGAGUUGCUUUCAAGUUUGCUUUGCUUGUUUGUUCCUUUAUUUGAAACAAUAUUUGACCUCUCGACAUGACCAAUAGGGAAGAAAGGAUAUUAGUUUGGAGAUGUGCUUUAACCCAGAAGGCAGCUUAGCACCACACAUCUGUUUACUCACUCCCCACUCUCAGUGGGAUGGAGGCAAGAAUGAGAAAAAAACCCCACAAAGUAGAACCCAUGGGUGGAAGUAAGAACUGUUUACUAAUACAGAAAAGGAAGAGAAAAAAAUAAUGAUAAUGAUAAUAUACACAGAAUCAUAGAGUUGCUAAGGUUGGAAAAGACUUUAAAGAUCAAGUCCAACCACAACCUGACCAUACUACCCUAACUCUAACAACCCUCUGCUAAAUCAUGUCCAUAUACAUAUAUAUAUAUAUAUAAUAAGAGAUGCGCAAUGCAAUUUCUCGUCACCUACUGACUGAUGCCCAGCCAGUCCCUGAGCAGUAGCUGCCUCCUGUAGCCAACUUCCCUCAGUUUUACAGCUUCUGCAUGACACCAUGUGGUGUGGGACAUCUCUUGGUUUGGUUUGUGUCAGCUGUUUUUGCAGUUUAAUUUUGUCAAGAGUUGUAUGUGUAUUUUUUUAGUAGUCUUCUAGGUCAUAACUGAGAUCCUGCCUUAGGGAACACGGUUAAAAAGUGUACUUACACUGUGCAUUCACAUAAAUGCCAUGUGCCUGAGUUGUAGCUCUCUAAACCGCUCUUGUUUCUGUUUUGGAUUGUGCUCUGCUUGUUCGCCUAGCAGUUAAUGCAAAACUCAAUACUGGGGGCCUUGUUUUUUUGUUUGUUUCCCUCAGGCUUCAUGCUCCAAACAGAAUUAGGGAGAAUCCACAAUAAAAAUAAACUCAACAUAAUUCAUCUAUUUUUUAUUCUCAAAUUUGCUGAAUAAGUUUGGAGUCAGAACCUUGUCCUGUUGUGCCAAAUACAAAAAUUGUACUCUUGGUUUUGGGAAAAUGUGCCUGGAGUUUAUUACCAAGCCCUAUGUCUGAGCUAAUGCCUCUCUGACAAGAGUUCAAGAAGACUUGUAGUCUCUCUGAGCAUCUUCUAGGAAGUGUACCUGUUGCUCUUCUCACAAAGCAACGGAUCUUUCUGCACUUUGGACAAGGCAGGGGCAUGGUGCUGCUGUGCUCCAGGUGACGGGCUGGGCUGUGGUGUCCAUGCACAGCCAUGUGGAGCAGCACGGAGCUGAUGGAUGGAAGUUCCUUCUUGCAGUUCACUUCCUGUACUUAGCACAUAUGCAACAAACAUCACUUUUUUAACUCCGUCCAUGAGAAAUUUUCUUCUUGUCACCUGCAUAAAAAAUUCUACAGUAAUAACCACAUUUUCUUUUAAGAGCAAUGUAAAAGCAGCUAAAAAGCAGAACAAGCGUAAUAUUUGCUAUGUUUAAAAGAGUUUUGAUAAAAAAUCAGGGGAUUACUGUGGAGUAGCCCACUGGUCUAUCUCUGUACUGUUCCUGGUUGCAGUGCUCCACAUCUGAUGCCUGCUGCAAUAAAGUUUAUCUGGCUCAGG